CUUGUAGGUGAUGGGAUGGGUCUCAGGGUCCAUCGGGCCACCCCCCCUCCCAGAUGGGAAUUGGGGGACGACGACGGCGACGACGACGACGACGAUGACGACGCCUCCGUAGCCAUUUUGGCUCAGGCCUGCCUCGGGCGCGCGCGCGCGGGCGUCUGGGCAUGAUGGCGCGGGAUGUCGCCCCGUGUGGCGACAGUCGGCCUGAUGCGAGCGGCGGCCCUGGCUGGCCUUCCUCGGCCAAGCGUCGGGAGGCGCGCAAGGCAGCGGCUGCGGCGGCUGAGGCAGCCGUGCACCGCCUGUCGCUCGAGGCGCGGGCCUGGCGCAGGCUCUACGAGGACCUGGCGGCGGCCCUCGGGGCUGCGGGCGUGGACGGCGAGCUGAGCAGGCGCUUGGCAGCGGCCGCCCCUGCCUUGGCUGCCCUCAUCCGUGGGGAGGUGCCGAGUGCGGUCGAGCGCCUGAGACGGAACGUGGCCCUCCAUGCGGAAGCUGAGGGCAUCGACCUGCUGGGCGCUGGGGCUGCGCAGCUCCGCGUGGCGCAGCACGGCCCGAGGCUCGGCGCAAAGCCCGCGGCUCCCGAGGCGGGCGCCUUCGGUGGUGCCUUAGGGGAGCGGCUGGACGGUGAGCCUGACGAUGAUGUGUGCGCACUGCUGGCAGGCGCGGGGGCGGCGGGCCCGCUUCCUGAACUGCCCGCUGGUGCGCUGUAUGCUGUGGACCUGGAGAAGGCCCUCUCGGAACCGCGGUUGGCGCCAGGCAUGUGGGCCAAGGCGCAUGCCGAGACGGUGUCCUUCGUUUCGGGCCUGGCGGCGGGGUGGCACCUGGCUGAGCGCGUGCUGCUGCUGCCACCGGGGAUGCGGUGCACGUGUGGUGCCGUUGUCUUCUCGGCCCCGCCGGUGGCCUCCGAGGUGCCCCUGGCGGCUUGGCAGACGGAGUGCGCCCUGGCGCCGCCGCCGCGCCCAGCGCUCCUGGAGUGCAGGUCAGGAUCGCAAGUGGGAAAUGUGGCAGCCGCCGCGGCCGCGUCCGACGACCUGCUGCUGGGCGCACUGGGCAUCGUGGGCUACGGCGGCGAGAGAGUGCGCGGCGGCGACGGGGACGACCGCGGCGCCUUCGUGGACCAUGCCGUGCCUGCGGCUGGCGUGUCCUCGCCGCUGCUUUUGUCCGUCGGUGGCCGCCUGGGCGAGGCCGUCAGCCACAACGACAGCGACGACGACAGCGUAGGCGGCCAGGGAUUGGAGCAUGCCGACUGCGAUGCUGCUACUGCCUGCUCCGCCACCGCUGAGUUGGCGAUCGCUGGAGUGAUCGCAGACUACCUCAGCGAGAACGAAGCCGCACUCCUCCGUGGAGACGGAGACCGCGGUCGAGCUGCCGCGAGGCUCGCUGAGCUGGCCCUGCCGACCGAGGACGCCGAGGGCGAAGUGCAGCGAAUUUGGGGUCGUGAGUUCGACCUGCGUCCCGUCGUCAUCGGCACGGCCUUCGAGGAGGAGGCGGAGGAGGCCCCCCCGCGCGGAGGCGAGGCUGGCGGCGUGGACGAGCCCGUCCGCGGUCUCUGGGCCUUUUUGGACGACCUCUCGGUAGCAUCGAUCGCCUGUGUUGCUCACGGGCCCUCGCUCGCGCUCGAGAGGCUCCUCGUCCUUGCCGAGGCCCAGGUGCAGGACGGUUAGCCUCGCGUGCGGACGCUAAUUCCGUUUGCUCCGUGCAUUCGCAUUUCUUGUUUUUGAAUGUGUACGUGAGCUUGCAAUCGCGGCGCUUCGCGCCUGGCACCCGUGGGGCCCUGGGUUUUUCGGGGCUCUUCCCCUGCUCCUGGGGCUCCCUAGAGGUGCGGAGGUGGCCCGUGGCGGCCCCUCCUCUGGUGGAGGGUGGCCCGAAGCGGCCCCUCCUGGAGCUUCCCAGCCUUUAUGGCCCCGCAAAGACAAAGACAAAGACGAUGACGACGCCGCC